CCAUGGGUAAGCACGAUCGACAAGGUGCCUGCGCACACACACGCAGGUACAAAUUGGACAGACGAUCCCACAUGAGUUUACGGCUGGUUACACUCAUCGUCAGUCAAACUAUUUCACUUUGAGUAAAUAGGAAGUCUUACUGAAGAUGGAUGUCAGAGCAGGCAUUGAUGAUAUUGGUGAGAUGUUGGCUGUUGUUGGGGUCAAAGGAUGGCGCUGUUGUGUGUGUAACAUGACCUUUCCACGAUUCUUUAGUAUUGAUCAUCAUAUGAACACCGAUCAUGCUGUACCCCACCAUGUUGGUGCACCAUCUCUGGGAAGAAUUGUUCCUUCUUCUGAUCAACCUCAAGAUGAGACAAGUGUAUCAUCUACCAACCAAGUGGGUGCACAGUCUUUGGAAAGUAUUAUUUCUUCUCCAUGUCAUACUCAAGAGGAGACAAAUUUAGCCUCAGCAAGUCUGGCCCAGGCUCCAAGUGUGGGUUUUUCUGAUCAAAAUUCCUUGGCAGUUGAGCACAUUGGCGCACAUAUACCCAUCCAGACUGAUGUUUCAGUCAGUCAUAAAGAAAGUGGAGUUUUGGAGAAACCUGCUGUUCAUAUACGGAUCAAAAAAGAGCCGCUAGAAUAUAUUGGUUCAUCUGGUCAGCAGCAGCAAAAUCAACAUGAUUCUUUUCAAAUUGUUGGGAUGAGAGAAGAAUGUCAUGAAAGUUUGCCGUUCUCAGAUAGUGUGGCAUCAAACAAAGAGUCUUCAGAUCUGCACAAAACCACACUUAACCUUAUUCUUUCUGCUCAUGAGCUACUGUCAGAAAAUCUUUUGAAAAAAGGUUGCCAUGGCAACAAACUCCCUGAUUUCAAAGAACAAAAUUCCACAUCAAGCAUUGGACAUCAGAGACAUCAGAGUCAGGCAACAACAGCACCUGUUGAAGACAUGGAGGGUAUAGAAGCAAGGUUUGAUAGCAUGCGUGUAACGCGGACAGGUUCUCCAUCAGUUCCAGCGUCUAAUGUCUCAGGGAAAGAGCUCCCAUCCAGAAACCAGAGUCCCACCCAUGAUAUCUGGAAUGCACGAAUUCAUCACUCCUUAAGAUUCAAGUGUAGUUGUGGUGAACUGAUAAGGUCCAAACAUGAAUUCAAGAAACACAGAAAGGCUUGUUUUUCCAAGCACAAGACAUAUCCUUGCCCUGUUUGUGGAGUGGUGUUUGGCCAGAAAAAAGGUCUGAAGCAACACAUGCACAUAAAAGGUUGGCAGACUGUACUAUGCACCCUCUGCACAAAACAGUUUCAUGAUCAUUAUGCUCUGCAGAGGCACUUUGAGUCAGCCCACCCACAUUCUGAGACUUCUCUGCAUGCAGUGAAUACCCAGGAAAACGUGGAAAUCCAUGGUGACCAGAAACAAGCUUCAGGGAAAGAGAAGGAAGAUGGGGAUGUACAAGAAUCAAAUAGAAAGGUUGUCGGCUCAACCAAACCGAUUGUUGUGGAGCUGCCCUCUGAACAGACGACUUCUAUGCAGCCUCUUUGCCGAGAAAUCACUUCUUCUCGGCCGCCACUUGAAACUCAGAUGAGCAUUAUAACGUCCGAAGAACAACCUAGCAGCGACACCGAAUUAAGCAUAGUGGUUGAUGAAGUGACUUCACCGUCCAGAUUGUCAGGAGAAAUAACCGGUGGUGAUAGCGUCAUUGAAAUCAGUGAUGAGGAGACAGAUAAUGAAGAGAUGACGAAUAGCCCAAGGAGCUGUGAGAGGGAUGAAGAAGAAGGAGGAGAGCAUUCAGAAGAAAAUUCUAGAUUUGCCCACAAGUGGCAGGAUCGGAAAUGGAGGAGAAUGUGUAAAAUCAUGAGUUUGCAUCCUCCCUGCAGCGCAGGAUUUGACCCUUUCUGGGCUCACUGGGGUCCUAGAGGACGAUGGGGUCGUGGAAUGAGUUUCUGGGGUCAACAUCGACCUCCAUUUGGGCCACCACCACCUCCUGUAUCAUCACUACCACCGCCACCACCACCCCAACCACCACAUUUUAACCUCCAUUUUCCUAUGCCACCUUUUGGCCGAUUUCAUGGGCCAUAUCACCACGGCGACCCUUAUAACUUCCAUCAUCAUCGUCACCAUCAUCAUCAUGACAAACGUCACCAUCAAUUUUUUUAUGGGAGACAUACUGACAUGCAUAAAGCGCAUCACGGUAGCUGCCACGGAUGUCUCGAGGGUCAUUGUGAAUGGUACAGCGAACCAAACAUUCCUCAGUCCACUGAAGGUGAUGAUGGUUCUCAGGGAAAACAUGAUUCUGAAGUAUUCUCCGGCGAGAAAAAUUGUCCCAGCUUUUGCACCGACGAUGUCCGUGAGACGACAUCAGGCGAAGUAAAUCCUGGCACGAACAACAAAGGCCCCAGAACGUCUACAGCUGAACAAAACAUGGCUGAAGCUGGAGAGGAGGCUGAAUUUCGAGGAAUAGAUUGCCUUUUCAAAGGAGGGCGUAAAAAGCAGAUAUUCGCAUUUCUUGUGUCGAAGUUGAAAGAAGGAGAUAAUCGCUGGUACUGUCCGGACUGCCGGCAGGGCUUCGAUAACAUGGAGGAGCUGAAGGUCCACUGCGCAUAUCACCACAAGUACAAACGUUUCCCUGCUUCGUCUGCGAGGAGAAGCUGAAGUGUCCUGGGGCCUUCGCCAACCACGUCCGUCACCAC